CAGCAGAUCUCCGCAGCAAACAGAAAACGGUCGCAGCGGAUCCGUUUCGGGGGGAACGGGGUCUAAAUCGGGACUAUCGGAACCGGGACUCGAGCCGCGGUAGCCCGAGACCACCGGCAGGUGUGUCCGGUGUCACGGCUCGUGAGCGGGUCCGGUUCUGCUGCUGAAGGAGGAACCGUUAGAGGAACCACAGCGGAUCGAUGGUGUGAGCUCGAUCGGGACGAUGAUGAACUCUGAGAAGAUGAAGAAGAAACCUCCAAAGGACAGUUUGACUCUGCUGCCAUGUUUCUACUUUGUGGAGUUGCCCAUUGUGGCUUCUUCUAUGGUGUCUCUGUACUUCCUGGAGCUGACCGAUGUGGUGCAGCCGGCUCAGGUGGGGUUCCGCUGCCACGACCGAGAGCUCAGCAUGCCGUACGUGGAUGGAGGAGACGAACUGAUCCCUCUGCUGAUGCUGCUGAGCCUCGCCUUCGCCGGACCGGCUGCAUCGAUCAUGCUGGUUGAAGGUCUGAUCUACUGCCUGCAGUCCAGACUGAAAAUCCAUCGACCUGAAGGAAGCAUCAACGCAGGAGGCUGCAACUUCAACUCCUUCCUGAGGAGGACGGUGCGCUUUGUAGGUGUGCAUGUGUUCGGUCUGUGUGCGACGGCUCUGGUCACUGACAUCAUCCAGCUUUCGACAGGUUACCAUGCUCCGUUCUUCCUCACCGUCUGUAAACCCAACUACACGCAGGUCGGCGUCUCCUGCGACAGAAACGCUUACAUUACUAAAGACAUCUGCUCGGGCCACGACCAGCACGCCAUCAUGGCUGCCAGGAAAACGUUUCCUUCCCAACAUGCAACUCUGUCUGCCUUUGCUGCUGUUUAUGUUUCUAUGUACUUCAACUCGACCAUCUCCGACAGCACCAAGCUGCUGAAGCCGGUCCUGGUGUUUGGGUUCUCCAUGACGGCAGCGCUGGCAGGUCUGACUCAGGUCACGCAGCACCGCAGCCAUCCCAUCGACGUGCAUGUGGGCUUCCUCAUCGGAGCCUUCGUUGCUGCUUACCUGGCAUUUCACGCUGUGGCCAACUUCAAAUCCUCUGAUGACAUCACUUUUACCCCCCCACCCCCACCGCCAAAGGAGGACCCUCUGCGAGCGCUGACUGAGCGAGGACACGAUUCCGUCUACAACAAGGGCCCCGCCUCUGCCUCGGAGAGUCACGAUGAGAUAGCGGUGGUUCCGGCCCCCAUGGACCGGCUGGAGGGCCUGGGACCCCUGCAGAGGGAGAAGGCCUCCAUGGGUAGCUUGAAGAGGGCCAGCGUGGACGUAGAGCUGCUGGCUCCUCGCAGCCCCAUGGGGAAGGAGACCAUGCUGACCUUCAGUAACACGCUGCCGAGGGCUAGCAUUAAUGUGAAUGGGGUGCUGGGGGCCAACUCCGGGCCAGAGGAACCGGUGCAGCAGGUGCAGCAGGUGCUGCCGGUCCAGCCGGUGCAGCGGCGUCUGAAGGCCGUGCAGGUUCCCAUGGACCCCAUGCGUUCGCAGCAGCUGGUGACGGAGUGGAAGCAAAAGUCGAUGGAGAUGAGAGGUCUGAGUGUCCGGGACGAGACGGACCAUGAGGCCAGCGAGGACGGAUCUGAGGUGGGCUCAGUGGGCACAGACGAGGGGGGGUCUCAGGUCCCCAUAUACCAGGCCGCAGUGCAGUCUGGGAGGGCGGCCUCCUGUCGUAACCCUACUCCGCCUCCAGGGGGCGCCAAAGCUGUGGCAACUCCCAGACCACCACAGAUUCCUGAAGCUGGACCCCCACCGGUGUCCCCAAAAAGCGCCCUGACCCGGGCCAAGUGGCUCGCCAUUCGAGAGAAGACCAGCAGAGAGGGCUCAGGCCAUGGGGCCACCAAUCAGCCACGACUCAUGCAGGUCAUUGCCAUGUCGAAGCAGCAGGGCCUCCUCCCCUCUUCUUCCUCAGGGGAAAGAUCCUCUGAGACCACCUCCACCUGUUCCGGCACCUCCUCAACCACAGACUCUCCGCACUACCGCCCCCCCUCUGAGCAGCAGCGAGAGGGGUCGGGUAUCAUCACUGUGGAUGCCCAUGCCGCUCACCAUCCUGUUGUCCAAGCCCAACCCCCUCUUCAAGCCCCGUCCCUUGCAGGUAACAGUGCCCCGUGGGAGUGGACGGGAGCAUCCAAUGGGGGCGACCCUCGAGACACCUACGACCUCAAUAGUCUGAACCGAGGAGACUCUGCCGCCCGCGGCAGUAGUUUCCGGCCCCACCGAUCCGCCUCGCGAUGCACCGCAGUCGGCCAUGAUCAGACCCCCCAUCACCCGCAGGUGGAGAUGCAAGCAGACACUCAGCGCAAGGAGAUGGCCAUGAGACGCAAGACAGCACUAGUUCUGUUGGAUCAAGAGAUUCGUAACCAGACUGAACAGGAGAACUAUUAUAAAAGUUUGCAGGGACGCAGGUUCAAGGAUUAGUCUCUUACCUUUUCAAAACAAAAGCCUUAUUAGCAUAGACCCUGGACAGCUGCUUGGACCAUGUUGCUCUGCAUUUCUUGGGCUGAUGGAAGGUUGGAGCUGUAAGAGAUGAAGGUUUCUAUCCAGGAGGGUCAGGUUCGAUGCUCGGUGGCUCAACACUCGGGACAGUUUUACUCAACAUAAAAGACGUAUAUACAAAGUGUUAAAACAGAGUUUCUCAGCAUCAGCCUUUCACGGAAUCCAACACUUUAUAAACAGAAAGUCAACCGACAUGAAUAAGGAUGCAGUUGGGUGGAGGUGAUGAAGUUGGGUGGAAUGAUGCAGUUGGGUGGGGGUGUUGCAGUUGGGUGGAGUGAUGCAGUUGGGUGGGGUUGAUGCAGUUGAGUGGGGGUGUUGCAGUUGGGUGGAGGUGAUGAAGUUGGGUGGAGUGAUGCAGUUGGAUGGGGUUGAUGCAGUUGGGUGGGGGUGUUGCAGUUGGGUGGAGUAAUGCAGUUGGGUGGGGUUGAUGCAGUUGGGUGGGGUUGAUGCAGUUGAGUGGAGUGUUGCAAUUGGGUGGAGUGAUGCAGUUAGGUGGGGGUGUUGCAGUUGGGUGGAGUGAUGCAGUUGGGUGGGGUUGAUGCAGUUGAGUGGGGGUGUUGCAGUUGGGUGGAGGUGAUGAAGUUGGGUGGAGUGAUGCAGUUGGAUGGGGUUGAUGCAGUUGGAUGGGGUUGAUGCAGUUGGGUGGGGGUGUUGCAGUUGGGUGGAGUGAUGCAGUUGG